AUGACUAUCAAUCCGACAUACCUUGCACAGCGGACGCGCUCAUCCAUCAAUUGGGCGGAUGCAAAGGCGAGAGUGCGCAAGUCUUACAGGGAAUGGCUCAGAGCGUCCCCUGAGAUCCAGACGAUGUACUCGCUCAACAUCCCCGUGUCGGCGAUCCGGACCAAGAUCCGCCAGCAGUUCGAGCGCCACCGCUACGUCAACCAGCUGAACGUUGUCGAUGUGUUGCUGUUCAAGAGCCAUGCGGAGUACCAGCUGUCUCAUGUGAUGAAAUACUUCCGACCGGAAGAAGACCCCGGCGCCCGGCUGCCGCCGAAUUUCAUCUCUGGAUUCUUGGAGGGACGCAACUGA